CAGAGGGAACCAAUCUGUUAAGUAGCUGACGUGGAAAAAUGGCGUCUACCGGCAUAAAAAGCUUCAUUUCCAUUUUGAUUUUUGCGUUUUUAGCUGCAAAUAUAUAUUGUCAGGAAGUUUGUCAGUCGUUGUUUGGUGGCCAAGUUUAUCCGCAAGAAACAUGUGCAACGCAAACUGGCCAGAGGUCUCUUGGACAUUCACUACAAUGGAGUCGAGCUAUAAUAUCUAAACCAGCCCCAGACUGGAAUGGAACAGCAGUUGUGAAUGGAAAAUUCAAGGAGAUCAAACUGUCCGAUUACAAAGGAAAAUAUCUGGUCUUCUUUUUCUACCCAUUAGAUUUCACAUUUAUCUGCCCUACCGAAGUAACUGCUUUCAAUGAAAGGAUAGAAGAGUUCAAAAAGAUAAAUACAGAAGUGGUGGCUUGUUCUGUAGACUCACCUCAUACCCAUUUAGCAUGGAUAAACACACCUAGAUCAAGUGGUGGUUUAGGUUCUAUGAAUUAUCCACUGCUGUCAGAUAUCACACACAGAAUUUCUAAAUCUUACGGGGUUUACCUGGAGGAACUUGGACAUACAUUGAGAGGACUGUUCAUCAUUGAUAAAAAAGGCAUCCUUCGACAGAUAACGAUGAACGACUUGCCUGUCGGGCGAUCUGUAGACGAGACUCUACGACUGGUUCAGGCAUUCCAAUUCACAGACACUCAUGGUGAAGUGUGUCCUGCUAACUGGAAACCUGGAGCUGAUACGAUUGUACCGGAUCAAGAGGAGAAGCUCAAGUACUUCAGCAAACAUCCAUAAACAGCUGAUAGUCAGAUCACUGAUAUACUGUACAUGUUAAGUUUCAUACUACUCUUUAUUGACAGUCUUAACUGUAUGUAUUGAAAAUGAUUUUAAAGAACCUGUUUUUUAAGAAAGGUUAUAUGAAGUUGGCAGAUCUUUUGCUGUUGUAGUAGUAUGUAAGACAGUAAUAGUCUUUCCAGGAGGAUAAUAUGUUAAAAUCAUAAGUCUGCCAGAUAUUUAUUAGCUAAGCAUAAUUUGUUAAAAGAAUAUUACUAAACAUGGCAUUAAGUCUUUUACCAGUAUUUUAAAAUAACAAAACUUACCUAUUUUCUUGUAUCUAGUCAAGAGUCCAGAAAGCUAUUGUAUUGCUGCAUUAGUAAACUUGACUUGGAAACUUUAUUACAAAACCAUUCCAUUUCUGAUAAGACAUACUUUUCUUAUAUUGUAUA